AUGGCGGCGGCGGCGCCGAUGACGAUGACGAUGACGAUGACGAUGACGAUGAGGGCAGUGCUGGUGGCCGUCGUGCUGAUGCAGUGCUGCAACGUGUUCGUUGCGGCGAGGCCGUUGCUGGAAGCACCGGCGGUAGCGACGACAGCAGACGGCGGCUGGCUGGGGAUAAUCAUGCAGUUAACUGGCAACUAA